AUAACAAAUAAGACAUAUACGAUAUUUGGAUAGUUUCUUUUAUACUUUUAACAGUAUAUGAAUUACAAGAUUAUAAAGUCUAAGGUGUGAGUUAUAAAUGUUUUAUGGAUGUAAGGAAGUAAACUCCAGGAUCCAUGGCGACUGUGGAUAACGAGAGGUACUUGAGGCAUAUACUGUUGCUUGGUGAAGGUGGAUUGCUGGUGUUAAGAGGUAUUGUAACGAGAGAGGCAGCAAGUCGCGGACGGACUCUUCAAAAUAUACUUUCUUGCGAAAGACCAAAUCUUCGAACCUUAUUUCGAGAACAGUAUUCCUGUUUGUUUCCAUCUUCAUCUACAGUAAAUGCAGAUGUAGAAUCAUGGGAUAUGUCACUGCUAAUGGUAGUAGUGAAGAAAUUGUUCUUUACAACCUUGACCCAAGCAGAAAGGACUUCUAUAAAUACCCUUCGAACAUAUCGUGUUGAUGUACAAGGACAUCCUACUGAAAUGUUUAUGGGAGCAGCAGAAUACGUCACCAGUCGAGCAGAUGUUGUUGCAGUUCUAAGGCAACUAUCAUCUGGUAUUAAUCAAAGUAGUAUUGACGAAAUCGAAAGCAUUAUAAACAGGACAGAAUCAGGGAAUAUUGAUAUACUGUCAGCAAUGCAGCAUAUAAAGGAACUCCAUGAAUUCAAAAGAAGUUUGCUGAUUGAACUAGAGAACAAAUUUGACGAUACGUUUGCAAAAAUAUCGGAGUUAGACAACAAGUUAAGCGUUAUUGAAGGUGUUGUUUCCAAACCGGUGCAGCUCAACGAUGAGGAUUCCGAAAGCCUUCGGAAUAUUCAGUCCGUCCAAAGUCAUCUUCAUGAAGAUUUACUUGAUGUCAAGAGUAUGACAAACAGGAUAGAUGAUUCUUCGAGUGAAACGCACAGUGAUAUGGCUCUAGUCAAGGAAAAGCUGAAUACUUUGGAAAGAAACGACGAAGGCAGGCAUGAGGAGUUAACAACACAUCUUCGAAGAAUUAAUGUGAAUUCAGAUGAAUCAAAGCAAGCUAUUAACGAAAUUAAAGAUGUUGUUUCCAAGCCGGUACAGCUUAACGAUGAGGACUGCGAAAGCCUGCGGAAUAUCCAGUCCGUCCAAAGUCAUCUUCAUGAAGAUUUACUUGAUGUCAAGUGUAUGACAGACAGGAUAGAUGAUGCUUCGAGUGUAACGCAUAGUGAUGUGGCUCUAAUCAAGGAAAAGUUGAAUACUUUGGAAAGAAAUGAUGAAGACAGGCAUGAGGAGUUAACAACACAUCUUCGAAGAAUUAAUAUGAAUUCAGAUGAAUCAAAGCAAGCUAUUAACGAAAUUAAAGACCUAGCUGCGAGACCUAAAGAUCUCUCUGAAGCUGACAGGAACACAAUGAAAG